AUGAGCGAAAUCAGAAACGGAGAGCACAGCCCACUGCUUCGCCACAUGUCAAUUGACGUCAAGAAUGCAAGAAGCUUCAAAUUGUCUUGUCGGCAUGUACCUGCGAGACUUGGUGCAAUAUUUCUUAUUCUCGGAUGUUUGGUCUUGAUUUUAUCGAGGCAGGCAGAUCAAGAUGGGUGUAUCAUCCCUAUUGAGAGGGCGAGUGAGCACUAUAUUGAAGUGGAUGAAGAGAUUUUCUUGUGGUAUCGAAUCUGGGGCAACAGAAAGUCUGGAGUGCCCGUCCUUUUCGUGCACGGUGGACCUGGCCAAGCAGUUGUAGACUACAAGAAUGGCAACAAGAGAUUCUUUGAUGCCUCGGAGCUGUUUGUUGUUGAAAUUGAUCAGCGUGGAACAGGAAGAUCCAAACCAAGUGUUAGAGACGAUUUGCACAACAUGGAACUAUAUGAUGAUAUUUCAGUCGAUCUGAUUUCGAAAGAUUUUGAAGUUGUCAGAAAGCAACUUGGAAUUGAGCAAUGGGUGGUAUGGGGCGGCAGUUUUGGUUCAACGAUCGCAUUGGACUAUGGAAUGCAGUUUCCGGAACGAUGCCUUGGACUUAUUUUGCGUGGCAUUUACCUCGAUACAGUUCCUGAGGUAAGCUCUGUCUACUCGAGACAGGCUUUCAUACACAACAAAAAGCGGCUACAAGAGUUUCAGGUUCUCUUUCAGCUCGCAAAUGACUACAAUCGCAAAAUCGAUGGACUUAACCUUAAUCCAGACGAUGCUCUAGCUUUGAUGCAAGUGUACGAAGCCAUGAUUCGAAGCGGACGAAAGGACGCUAUCUGGAAUUGGUUUGCCUUUGAAAACAACCUAAUGGAAGAGAGGCCAGAGAUGUUACUGGACCCCUCAGAGAUUGUCGAAUCGAAGAUGCCAGAGGCGCAGAGUGUUGCAUAUUUUGAAUUACGACUGUGGCUUCAUGCAAGUUUGGAACAACCCACAAAUAUUAUUCAGCGCGUAAAUCGAUUGUCGGACACUCCAGUGUUUAUAUGCCAAGGCCUUAGAGACGAAGUGUGUCCUUCCGAAAACGCCCGCUUACUUGCAAAGAAAUUGAAAGAUGUCGGAGCCCCCUUGACAGCACAUUUUCUCAACGCUGGCCACGAGGAUACUGAUCCCGUAAUGGAAAAAUGUCUGCAAAGAAGCAUUCAAGAAUUUCGUGAACAGUUGAAGUAG